GCCGCUGACCGGGGAUCGCCCCGGAACCCAGGCGCAGAGGUGGCCCUCAGCUGGAGGUCAGUCGCCCGGCCUGGCGGGCAGGGGCACCGGGGAGGCCCGUGCAGGGGGAGCACAGCCCUGCUCACUCCGCCUGCUCUGCCCUUCCCAAGGUCCCCACGGCGCACCGACCGUUUGGAACCUCACAGGUAAGUGCAGGGCGCCCCGGUCUUACGGCUCCUGACUUCCACAUUUUCUCUGCCUUCGGGUCUCUUGGACUUCGCCUGCCAUUUCCCCAGCCCUGUGUUCACCAAGCUUGGGGUCCCGCAUCUGUGUGGGCAGUUACUUGGGGAGUUCCCGUUUAGGACUUCCCAAGGAGGGAGGUGUGGAAGCUUAACCCGGGUGCAGAUACCAGCACUUGGAACUGCUUGCAGGGGAAUGUGUCCCGGGAACUACAGGUCUCCUGCCUUUCUGAUGGCAACAAACUCCGGGAGGGGGAGGCAGGAGGCAGGGCCAGGCUUGGAAUGUCACACUGUUAGGUGGAGGCAGCGGGAGGUGGGGUUUAGAGGAGGGAGGUUUUCUACCCAAGUGUUGACGGGUUUUAUCUGGUUGCAGAAUGGAAAACAGAAGGAAUGAAUGCAGUGACUGUUGGGAGCACCAGGAGAGCAGGCACCAGUGACACCAGGGUCUGGUGUCCCUUCAGAGGCAGGUGACCUUUCAAGAUGUGGCUGUGUACUUCUCUUGGGAGGAAUGGGAUCUUCUUGAUGAGGCUCAGAGACACCUGCACCUCGAGGUGAUGCUGGAGAACUUGGCACUUAUAUCCUCACUGGGUUGUUUGCAUGGAGUAGAGCAUGAGGAAACACCUUCUGAACCAAGCAUUUCUGAAGGAUUGUCACAUGUCAUGACUCACAGAGAGGGGUCGUCAUCCCAGCAUGCCUACACCUGUGAAAUAUGUGGCCUGGUCUUGAGAAACAUUUUGCAGUUGGCUCAGCACCACAGAACAACACAUCCCGGGCAGAAGCCACGCACAUGUGGAAGACAAUGCUAUUUUGCUGCAAAUCUUCAACAACAUCAGAGGCAGCACAUUAAAGAGGUUCCCUUCAGAGGUGACAUUGACAGAACCUUGUUUAUAAAGAGCUGCAUGAUCCAUGUGUCAGGGAGGCCUUAUACUUGCAAAGAGGUGGGGAAGGGUUUUCUGGCCAGCAUGGGAUUUCCCCAUCAAGAGGGCACUCAUACAGUGGAGAAACCAAAUGCCAGUUACAAGUGUGGGGUGGCCUUUCACAAUGGAAAAAGUCUUCCCAACUGGGGGGGAUGCAAGAAAGCUUUUAGCCACACAGAUACACUCGUUCAGUACCGGAGGGCACUCACAAGUGAAGGCCUUUUUGAGUGCAGCAAGUGUGGGAAAGCCUGUACUCGGAGAUGUAAUCUCAUUCAGCACCAGAAAGUCCACAGUGAAGACAGGCCUUAUGAAUGCAGUGAUUGUGGGAAAUUCUUCACCUACUACUCGAGCUUCAUUAUCCACCAGAGAGUGCACACUGGAGAAAGGCCUUAUGAGUGCAGUGAAUGUGGGAAAGCCUUCAGUCAGAUCUACAGCCUCAACAGCCAUAGGAAAGUCCACACCGGAGAGAGGCCUUAUGAGUGUGGGGAAUGUGGGAAAUUCUUCAGCCAAAGGUCCAACCUCAUUCAACAUCAAAGAGUUCACACUGGAGAAAGACCUUAUGAGUGCAGUGAAUGUGGGAAAUCCUUUAGCCAAAACUUCAGCCUCAUUUACCACCAGAGAGUUCACACCGGAGAAAGGCCUCAUGAGUGCAGUGAGUGUGGGAAAUCCUUUAGCCGAAGUUCCAGCCUCAUUCACCACCGGAGACUUCACACUGGAGAAAGGCCCUAUGAGUGCAGUAAAUGUGGGAAAUCCUUUAAGCAAAGCUCCAGCUUCAGUUCACAUCGGAAAGUCCACACAGGAGAAAGGCCUUAUGUAUGUGAGGAGUGUGGGAAAUCCUUCAGCCACAGCUCCAACCUUAAGAACCAUCAGAGGGUUCACACUGGAGAAAGGCCUAUUGAGUGUAGUGAAUGUGGGAAAUCCUUUAGCUGCAAAUCUAACCUCAUUAAACACCUGAGGGUUCACACUGGAGAAAGGCCUUAUAAGUGUAGUGAAUGUGGGAAAUCUUUCAGCCAAAGCUCCAGCCUCAUCCAACACCAGAGAAUUCACACUGGAAAAAGGCCUUAUCAGUGCAGUGAAUGUGGGAAAUCCUUUGGCUGCAAAUCUGUCCUCGUUCAGCACCAGAGAGUUCACAGUGGAGAAAGGUCUUAGCUAUAUAGGGAAUAUGCACUUUUUCUUAGUGGAAUCAUUGGAGGAGACCACCUAUAAGAGCAGCCUACCUGGAUUGAAGCCCAGCAACUGAAGGUGCAUGGCAGAGAUUCCCUUAAGUCCAGGUUUGUGGAAGCUCCAAGGAUCUGAGUUACAGUUCCUAGCGUCCAUAACCCUUGCAGUUUAGGUUACUGACAGUUUCUGAGACAGAAGCCAUUUCACUGCCACUUGCUAAGUCCAGCUGUGUCACGUCACCACGCCACCAUAUUCAGGGAAGAAGAUCUGUGUUCUCCCAUUGCUGGAGGAAAUGAGUAGUCUGAGCCCACAUUCCCUUCUCCAAAAAGCUGGGGCAUGAACCUGACCCAGUUUUGUACCAGAGAUCCUGAUAGAAGUAAACUCUUUCAGGGACACAUUUCUUGUGACGAUGUUGGGGUUUUUUGUUUGGGUUUUUUUCCCACAACCUCUAAGACACUAACCUGGGAACUACUUGCCUCACUUUUGUUUUGAGGACUGUUAUUUAUUGUCUGAAGCACCUGUAAUCUUGGGAUUCUGUUCACUGUGUGAGAUGGCUUAAAAAUAGGAUUGGUCCCAGCCAGCAUUAAACAGCUGUGGUGUUUGGGGGUGGCACAGGGAGGUCACAUAAUUCCAAGCCUCAGAGACAUUGGUUUAAUAGAAGAAUGCGACUCUCUUCCCAGUUUUGUCCUAAUAUGAAUUGUUGCCCGAGGCCCCCUAGGAGCUUCAGGGCUUUAUGGUCCUACUUUGUGGAGGAUAUGCAGGAUGUUUUGUGGGCUGGGGUCACCUUGAGGCAGGAAGUUCUGACAACUCCCAGUGCUGCCCGGAGCAGCGUGAACUGUGGCACAAGACAUCACGUGAUGCCUAGCACCGUGGGGGCCGACUGCAGAGUCGAGUACCUGAUCCCCGGCAUUCUGUGGGCUUGAGCCUGGGGAAACUGUGAUUGGGACAGAAACACUGGGUUCACAGGACUUGGAGGAGAUCGCAGCAAACUAGAUUCUAGUGAUGGUGUAGGUUUGAGGUGUGCACAGAUUCUCACAGUCUCCAGGGAUGUGCACCUUCAUAUCUGCGGUCAUUGUCAGAAAAAAAAAAAAGUUUUGUGUGUUCCACUCAGGUAGCCUUUCUGGAAUGUUCCCUAAAGGCCAGGAAAACAAGCAUGGAGGGAAGGGAGAUCCCCACUCUAGCAAGGUGGUUUUGUGACCAGCCACCAUCCUGUGUAGAAGUGAACAUCACUGGUCACUAAUAUUUUCUGCCACUGAGGCAAGGUUGUCCCCAUAAGGUCAUCGAGAAGGAGGAGGAGUUCAUGUGGAGUUACCAGACCUCACAAUCAACCCUAGACUCACUGCAGUUAUUACAUGAACGCUCUGCACCCUGACCUACCUCAUGCCCUUCGUUGGCCCAUCCCAUCCCUGGCUGCCAGGCCACCUUUACUCUGUCUUCCCCGAUGGCUUAGAUUGUGUUAGCAGGACGUGGAUGACUUGAUUCACAAAAUGUUUAUUUUUCUAGUUUCAUUCAUGAUUAUUAUUUUGAUUCUUCUAUUCUGUGAGCUGUUCAUUUUUAUUGCAUUUGUCCAUUCCUUUAGGUUAUUUCUGGGUUCUGGCUAAUGCCGAAACAGUGAAGCUGCUACAGCAUGUGCAGUUCUUCACAUAUUUAUGUCAGCUACUUUGGGGUCAGUGACUCAGGUGCAAAGCUGAGACACAGGGCAGGCGACAGUCAGCUUGUUAAGAAACCACCAGGCUGUGAGCGGGGGGCCUGUUGGGCCUGUGGGGAUUUUGGUUCUUCUACGUCCUUGCCGAUAUUCAGUGUGGUCUGGAUUUACUACAUCAAUAGAUGAGUAGUUUUAACUGCUUUUCCUUAAGCAUUCAUAAUGCUGGACCCUUUUUCAUGGAUUUGUGACCCGUAUCUAUUCUUUGGUAAGAUUCUGUUCAUAUCUUUUGCCUGUUUUCUUUGUUAUGAAAGAAGAAACAUGAACAGUUAUUAAUUCUGUUUUACUUUUCAUUAACAAGCAGCUAAUUUUUGUCCCACAAUUUUUUCCUGCCACACAGUGAACGACCACCUACAUCACACACUUCUAAAAUCUGUGUUAUUCAGCUGUUUUCUGUCAUGUCAGUCUAGACAACUCUGUGGUGCCAUAAACCAAGCCAUGGUUGGAAGUGUUUGGCCUCCAGUCAUGGCUGUUUUCAAACUCCAACUGCAGUCACUGGACAGGAGCCAACCGGGAAGGGCUGCCAGGGACGUGCCUGCCACUCUGUCCCACCCCACCGCAGCUCCAGUAGCUGCCUGUGCCCUCUGAGAUCCAGUGAGGAACAGGGAAGUGAUUAGCAAGGGGCAAGUUUUAAAAACUGUAAUGCUUGUAUAAUUGACAAAGCAUAAACAUUUGAAAUGUGUUUGGACGUUUUGCUGUUUAUGCCUGAAAUUUUAAAAAUCCAUUGAAGGGCUGGGGUUGUGGCUCAAGCAGUAGCACGCUUGCCUGGCAUGUGUGGGGCGCUGGAUUCGAUCCUCAACACCACAUAAAAAAUAAAGACAUUGUGUCUACCUAAAACUAAAAAAAAAAAAUUUAAAAUAUCUGUUGAAAGCAAAAUGUGUGAUAUUGGCGGUGAUUCAGUUAGAUUGUUUGUAAUUCAAUCCUUUCUUGAAAAGAAAAUCAUAAACUUAAGCCAGGUGGAUGCCUAUCAGAGGCUAAGGCAGGCGGAUUGCAAGUUCAAAGCCAGCCUCAGCAACUUAGUGAGACCCUGUCUCAAAUAAAAGAAACUGGGGUUGUAGUUUAGGAGUAGAGUGCCCCUGGGUCCAAUCCCUAGGAAAGGAAGGAAGGAAAUCAAACUUUGAAGGUAUUUUCCUCACAAAGGAUUGCAAAGAGUGAUCCAAGUUGCAGUCAGAUGGGAUUGAGUUGCUUGGAGUGCUGUUACAUAGUGGGUGUAAUUGUAUACUGCAUAUUCAAAAAGCUAGAAAAAGGGAUUUUGAAUGAUUUCAUCAAAAAAUGAUAGAUGAUGGCUGGGGCAUGGUAGCACACACCUGUAAUUCCAGCUUCAGAGGCUGAGGCAGGAGGAUUGCCAGUUCAAAGCCAGCCUUAGCAAAAGCAAGGGCCUAAGCAACUCAGCAAGACCCUGUCUGUAAAUAAAAUAUAAAAAGGGCUGAGGAUGUGGCUCAGGGGUUAAGCACUCCUGAGUUCAAUCCCCAGUACCCCCCUAAAAAAUGUUGUGAUAAAUGAAGUCAUUAUGAUUCCACAUGUAUACAUUUAUUGGAAUAUCACACAGCAUCCCGUGAAGAUGUACAAUUUUUGUGUUUUUUACAUCAGUUUAAAGUAAAUAAAGGGUCUUUAAAGAAUGUUA